AUGGCGCUCAACUCCUCACUAUCCACGGCGUCGGCCACCUUCAGGGCAUUACGGCAAUGCGAGACCCCCGCUAGGUCGGUCGCCCGGCGGCUCGGGCCACCGGCGCGGCAGCUCUCCACCUCUGCCCCGCGCAACAAUGAACCUACCGAGACGACAGUCGAGCAAGAAAGGCGGCCACGUUGGUCAUACACACCGGAGCGCAUGAAGGGUCCCGGUUUCUCCAUCAACAUUGUGAAGGACCCCAGGCGCACGAUUUGGCAUAACAACGAGGACCCGGCAAAACUGGACGUCAUGUACAAUCGCUUGCUAGGGUCUAAGGGACACAGGAUGCUGCCGGACGAGACGAAGUGGCUGGCUGUAACACACAAGAGCUUCGAUCAAGGGCGGCGUGGGUUCAACACAAGGCUGGCGUAUUUUGGACGGUUGAUUAUAUCUUUCGAGGCUACUCGCCACAUCAUGGUCUCACCAAAUGCGGCGCAAGAAACCCCGUCUCCCGAUCCCUUCGGCCGCGUGCCCUUCCAACACCCAUCUCUCGAGAACGUCGAUAAGCUCGUUUCGAAGCAGCCGAGGACGACGGUUUCAAAAGAUAAGCUGUCCAAGCUAGCAAUGGACAUUGGGUUACCGGAGGUAAUACGGUGGAAGCCAAAAAUGCCCGAAGACCUUGAGACCUCUGGUAUCAAGGUUGUGCUGAACACCGCCAUAUUCGCCAUCGUCGGCGCGAUCUCUUUACAACAUGGUGCUGAAGUGGCUCAGCAGGUGGUACGGGAGAAGAUCCUCCGGAGGGUGGGAGCGUGA